CUGGAAUCAAAAAUUGAAUGUCUCUAGAGCAAGCUGCCAGUGCAAGCAAAAGCCUACAGGUAACUUGGUGCUAGUUGUUGAUCAGAUCAUGGCAGAUGAACAUCAUUUUUCCCCGACCUUUCUUGAACCUUUACAUCUUCCAACAAAGCUACGUAGGAGAGCUUGCAAGGGUUGGAAGCGAAGGGCACGAAUCCAUGCUGAUGGAUGCAAAUGGGGCUUCCGUUCUAGCUGGCAUUGUGCAUGUUCUUUUACAUUUGAAAGGAAGAUUUUCAGAGAGCAUUCGAUAAGUUCUAGAGAGCUACUGAACAUGCUUUGAUCGCAGCUGCUUGAGAGGUCUCCAGCUCUUCUUUUUGUGAAAGUAUCUCUUCAGCGUGCGCGUCAAUGUCAACGACCUGACACGAGGCUGCUUCCACCAGCGUAGUAGGCCAGAUGGAAAUCUAGAAAACUGUUUGCUCAGCAAGUCCCUCAUUGAAACAAUGGCGAGCGCGCUGCAGGAGCCACAGCCAUUGCUUAUGGCUUCUAAAGAAAAAGAGCGCAGCUUGUACGACAUGAUAAGAACUAUUUUGAGUCCAGGGUUUGAGGAGAGUAGUUCUAAGUUCGUGAUCAUUCUGGACGGGUAUUGGACGAGUUCACCAGGAUUGACAAAUGUCAUGCCGGUACUUGCCCCAGUGAUUGAGAAGGCCGUGCAGGACAAUGAAGCACCUGUCAUUGACAGACACAGUCACAAACUCAUCCCCCCCAGCAAAGUAUUGGCAGACGUCCGCCAGAAUGAUCUACAGAAGAUGGUCGCAGAGAUGAUAAAGAUCGAGAAGGGAAAAGGGCCUAGAUCAAGGGCUCCGGUCCUCGACUGUUUUCCGGAGUUCGACGUUCCAGAGGAACACCAGAAGCUGACCCCGGAGGACUACCGAGACAAGACAGAGGCCUAUUGGCAGGAGAGAGCGAACUACCGAGAAGCCAAGUACCGGGGCCGCAUGCAGGCGCUCAGUAAAUGUGAGUGUCACGCUGUUAUCGACGCGGUCUUAAAACGCCACCGCAAUGACCCGGACGGGCUGGAGGCCCUCAAGGAGGGAAUCACUCGGUACUUCCAACAAGAGUUGAGCCUACGCCUCCCCUGCGCAAUGAUGGCAUACUUUGCCGCUCUGAAAGGCACGCAAGAGGGGCAGCCCGAACCCAGUGGGAGCCCCUCCGGGAGCUCAGAGGGGCCACUCUCAGCCACGUCAUCAGACGACGGUGUAAACGAGGGGUUUGGGUUUGAGGGGGCCAGAGUAGAGGGUGGUCUAAAGCGCCCGCGACGGGAGGGGCUCGCUCACGCAAGGUUCGAGCUUACCAGAUCAAUGGGGCUUCCGGGCAGCGGAUUGGACGGGCUUCCGGGCGCCGGAUUGGGGAGGCUUUCGGGCAGCGGAUUGGAGGGGCCUUUGGGCAGCGGAUUGGAGGGGCCUUUGGGCAGCGGAUUUGAGGGGCCUUCGGGCAGCGUAGUAAAGGGGCUUCCGAGCAGCGGACUUGAGGGACUUCCGAGCAGCGGAUUUGAGGGGCUUCCGAGCGCCGGAAUGGAGGGGCUUCCGGGCGCCGGAAUGGAGGGGCUUCCGGGCAGCGAAUUGGGGUCUCUUCCGGGCAGCAAAUUCGGGGGCUAUCCGGGCAGCAAUUUCGAGGGCGGAUCAACAGGGCUUUCCUGGGACAUGGUGUUGGAGGCUGCAAGGGACGGACCUGGGCUUGUUCUUGUCGACUGUGAACCAGAGAGCCCUGGUGGAUCAGCUCUACAGGAAGGCUCAGAAGAGAUGGACACCUGGAUCCUCUACCCGAAGAAUGGAGCAGGGGUGUAUGAGCCUGAGGCUGGUGCCGGGGGGUGGGAAGAGGAGAAUGAGCAGGAAAUGGUCGUCGGCGAGAGACAAGGAGAGGCGGAGGGGGGCGGACAGAGCGACGAAGAGGGGGGGGAAGAAGAAGAAGAGGAGGACGAGGACGAGGGAGACGAUAUGGACAGCGACGGAGGGGGGGAUGAUGAUGAUGGCAAACCUCCCCCCAGGGGGGGCGGAAACGGCGCAGCGGAUUGUCGCGGUCGGGACGGCGGAUCCAGUGACGGAGACAGAGACGGCGGCAGCGGUGGCGGCUCCAGACCUUCCGACAGCGGCGACACGGGAUCGUGGUACUUGCCCGAGUGGGACGCCGGUUGCGGUCUUCGCGGUGGCCCUGACGUCCCGGUUCGGGUUGCUGACGUCAGCGGCGCUCGCAACCCCCAGCGCGUGGCUGCAGGCGGCCAAGAGAUGCAGCUGGCUGCGAUUGCUGACGUCAGCGAGUGUCUGGCAGGGAGUCGGCCUCACAGCGAGGCACUGGCGGUUCAGGCCCCUCCUCCACCAACUCCCCUCGUGCCUGGCACUAACAACGGGUCCAGCAAACCAGGGACCGGAACAAGUCUGUUGGGUUGGUUCAGGAGAGCCUUCAAGAAGGGCACCAAAAACGCGAAGUCUGAGAACAGCGCAACCACGCCCCCGGAGCUCUCCGGGGUUGAACCAGGUGGAGGGACAAUUGGCCGUCCGAAAGAGGGGCCCGAGGCUGACACCCCCAAGGCUGUCGACAUCGCGCAGAUGGGCAUCGCAAACCUCGACCUGAACUCCACGGUAUUGCGGAGCGUCCGUAUCUUCACAUACCAAGAUCUAGAGGUGGCGACGGACAACUUUGGCUCGGCAAAGCUGCUCGGAGGACUGCUCGGGAAGGUCUAUCGUGGCCAGCUGGACGGCGCGCCAGUGUCCCUCAAACUCCUAGACCUGGAAGGUCUGCAGGAUCCUGGCGAAAUUCGGCGCAAGGUGGAGAUUCUGAGCCGCCUGCGUCACCCGCACGUCGCGACGCUCCUUGGCUACUCCCCCGAGCGCGGCGGCUGCCUUGUUUACGAGUACUGCGCCAACGGCUCCCUCGAGGACUGCCUGGCCGGAAAGGGCGACUCUGCGCCGUUGCCCUGGUUUGAGCGGAUUAGAAUCGCGGUGGAGAUUGCGGAGGCGCUGCAGUACAUUCACACCUCCCGCCCCCACAUCAUCCAUGAGAAUCUGACGCCGUCCAACAUCCUGCUGGACGAGAACGUCACCGCCAAGCUGGCUGACGUCGGGGUCGCGAGUGCGCCACCCGAGCUCGCCACCGCGGCGAUGGCAAAGACGGCCCGGAGCAGCAGCGAAGGGCCCCAACGGACUCCCGAGAGCGACUCCGGCCGUCAGAUCUCCACAGACCCAGAGGGCCAACGGAACGGGGACUCUGCGGACCCCCAAUCCACGGAAAGUGACGUGUACGCUUUCGGCAUCUGCGUCCUCCAGCUUCUGACCAAUCGCGCGCCCCACGACGUCGUGGGUGCCAUGAAGGACGCUCUCGAUGAGGGGGGUUUCAUGGCGCUCCUCGAUCGGACGGCUGGGAGGUGGCCAGAGUACGUGGCGCAUAAGCUCGCCCUCCUUGGCGUCCAGUGCACAACGCCCGCGGUUGAGGACAGGCCUGAUCGAAUUAUGCAUCUUCUGCCUCAACUAAGGACCAUCCACGAACUGGCCCAAGACAUGGCGGCCCCGCAGGAGAUUGCUCCCGUCCUCUGCUCCUACAAACCCCCUGCUCCGUUGGAGGAACAGAACCAGAACCUCGCGGAUCGCCAGGGAUCGGCGGGUCACAUGGUCCCAUGGGACGCGACUACCCAGGAGCUUUUACCACUGCGGAGUCUGCACAAUACGGAGACGACGCCUGGCGCGAGCGAGUCGACUGAAGAGGACGUCCCGGCCAACUACCGGUGUCCGAUCACGGGAGGCGUUAUGGUGGACCCAGUGUUCCUCUUCAGCAGCCGCCAGUCCUACGAGAGGGCCGCGGUUCAGCAGUGGCUAAGCGGUAGCGGUCCCGGGACCAUCCAACACCCGGGGAGAAUCGAGCUCACCCCCAACUAUGAUCUUAGGAGGGAGAUUCGCAGCUGGGCCAGCAGGGUGCGAUACCCGCUGCCGACCGAAACCCCCAACUACUCUGACAACGCCCAUUCCCUCGUUUCCCUGGCCCCCCGCCUCCAAACCGGGACGACUCUUGACAAGCUCAAAGCCGGAGCCAGGGACGGAGACCCAAGAGCCCAGUUCCAGCUCGGCAUCUGCUUCAGCGUCCCCUGCUUGGGGGUUUCUUUCGACGAGGCAACGGCGGCCGAUUAUUUCGAGAUGGCGGGUGAGGGCCCGGGGGGACUGCCCGAGGCGUGGGCUGCACUCUCCGAUUGCUACUUUUACGGAAAGGGGGUACCCCAGGACAAGGAGCGGGGCGUUGAGUAUGCCAGCCGGGUGAUUCAUCUGGCGGAGCCCAUAGCGAAGCUCGUGUUGGCGACUGCGUGCCGGGAGGGGUCGGGGGGCGUGAAGCGUAACCCGGCCUUGGCGGAGUGGCUCAUAACAGCGGCCGAGACGGAGCUUCUCCGGUGGGCCACACAGGCAAAUGACCCUUUGUUUGAGACGGCCUUGGGGGUGAAGUACUGGAACGAGGAUGAGGCGAAAGCGGUGUAUUGGUUGGGCCAGGCUGCCGCGCAAGGGGCCGCCCUCGCCAACGCUCUCCUGGGGCGGUACUAUCUCAAGCAGCGGGAUACGCCGCAGAGCUUGUUGACGCACAAAGCGGUGCCCCUGAAGAAAGUGUUCGGAUACUACAAGGAAGCCGCCGGCAAGGGGUACGCCCCCGCGCAACAUGUUGUUGGCGAGUGCUACCUGUCGGGGACAGGAGUACGGAAGGACCGGGGCAAGGCUUCCAAGUGGUUCCUACGGGCGGCUGGAUCGGGCUACGCGCCCGCACAACUUGCUCGGGGCAAGUGCCUGCCCCCUGCAAAGGCUCUAUGGUGGUUCGAGAGGGCGGCCGAGCAGGGUCUUGCGGAGGCGCACUACCAGCUGAGUCUGCUCUACAGGAAGGGGGCGAAGCGGACUUCGCUUCACAGGAGGGAGGACCUGAGCAAGGCCCACGAGUUUCUCAGCAAGGCUGCUGCUUUGGGGCACGGGCAAGCCUUGGCAGACAUGGAGGCGCAAGCUGGUCGGUUGGGCGCCGUUCGAGUUGGGAACAAGGAGAGACUGAAGAGGUGGGCGGAAGGCUUCGGCGCUGGCAAAAUCUGGCGCAAGACUUCGGAAGUUUAGAGGCAACCGCAAGGAGUUUGUAGGUUUUGUAGAUAGACAAGAAUGGCAGGGCAUGCAUUCCGGUGGUGCAUUGAUCCAACCCUAGGCGCUUCUCAGUGAUUUGCCUCGGCUCUUGAUAGCUAUCAACAUGGUAGCUGACGUAUUAGGCUCUCCUAUUGUGGUUGUCUCAAUGUAAAAUAGUUGAUACGGAACUGUACAUGAUAUUGGACCGUUGCACGGCGGGGCCUGUGCACUAGGAGCGUUGCGCAAAGCUUGAUUGGAUUGUUUAAAAGUUGACCGUCUUAUAAGGAGGCCGGCGUCCCGGCAUCAUUGGUUGAAUUAAGUUUAUCGUCUGACAGUGAAUUGAUUCAAUCAAACAAGCUGAAUGUAAGUUUCGUGCGGCAACUUGGCAAUUGAACACGG